GCUCCCGGCCGCCCUCGGCCGCCGCCCGCACCCGGCGCGGCAGGAGGUGGCGGGGGACCAUGGCUGACGUCUUCCCGACCGCCGAGCCGGCGGCGCCACAGGACGUGGCCAACCGCUUCGCCCGCAAAGGGGCGCUGAGGCAGAAGAACGUGCACGAGGUGAAGAACCACCGCUUCAUCGCGCGCUUCUUCAAGCAGCCCACCUUCUGCAGCCACUGCACCGACUUCAUCUGGGGGUUUGGGAAACAAGGCUUCCAGUGCCAAGUUUGCUGUUUUGUGGUUCACAAGAGGUGCCAUGAAUUUGUUACUUUUUCUUGUCCGGGGGCAGAUAAAGGACCCGACACAGAUGACCCGAGGAGCAAGCACAAGUUCAAGAUCCACACCUAUGGCAGCCCCACCUUCUGCGAUCACUGCGGGUCUCUGCUGUACGGACUCAUCCACCAGGGGAUGAAAUGUGACACCUGCGACAUGAACGUGCACAAGCAGUGCGUGAUCAACGUGCCCAGCCUCUGUGGGAUGGACCACACGGAGAAGCGGGGCCGCAUCUACCUGAAGGCCGAGGUCACGGACGAAAAGCUGCAUGUCACAGUACGAGACGCGAAAAACCUAAUCCCUAUGGAUCCAAAUGGGCUUUCAGAUCCUUACGUGAAGCUGAAGCUUAUUCCUGACCCCAAGAACGAGAGCAAACAGAAAACCAAAACCAUCCGCUCCACGCUGAACCCCCAGUGGAACGAGUCCUUCACGUUCAAAUUAAAACCUUCUGAUAAAGACCGGCGACUGUCCGUGGAGAUCUGGGACUGGGAUCGAACCACACGGAACGACUUCAUGGGGUCCCUUUCCUUUGGGGUCUCGGAGCUGAUGAAGAUGCCAGCCAGCGGAUGGUACAAGCUGCUGAACCAAGAGGAGGGUGAGUACUACAACGUGCCGAUCCCCGAAGGCGACGAGGAAGGCAACGUGGAGCUCAGGCAGAAAUUCGAGAAAGCCAAGCUUGGCCCUGCCGGCAACAAAGUCAUCAGUCCCUCCGAGGACAGGAGACAGCCUUCCAACAACCUGGACAGAGUGAAGCUCACUGACUUCAACUUCCUCAUGGUGCUGGGCAAAGGCAGCUUUGGGAAGGUGAUGCUGGCCGACCGGAAGGGGACCGAGGAGCUGUACGCCAUCAAGAUCCUGAAGAAGGACGUGGUCAUCCAGGACGACGACGUGGAGUGCACCAUGGUGGAGAAGCGGGUGUUGGCCCUGCUCGACAAGCCGCCGUUCCUGACACAGCUGCACUCCUGCUUCCAGACGGUGGACCGGCUAUACUUCGUCAUGGAGUACGUCAACGGCGGGGACCUCAUGUACCACAUCCAGCAGGUCGGGAAGUUCAAGGAGCCGCAGGCAGUGUUCUAUGCGGCAGAGAUUUCCAUCGGGCUGUUCUUUCUUCAUAAAAGAGGAAUCAUUUAUCGGGACCUGAAGUUAGACAACGUCAUGCUGGACUCAGAAGGGCACAUCAAGAUCGCGGACUUUGGGAUGUGCAAGGAGCACAUGAUGGACGGCGUCACAACCAGGACCUUCUGUGGGACCCCCGACUACAUCGCCCCGGAGAUAAUCGCCUAUCAGCCGUAUGGGAAGUCCGUGGACUGGUGGGCCUAUGGCGUCCUGUUGUACGAGAUGUUGGCCGGGCAGCCCCCGUUCGACGGCGAGGAUGAAGACGAGCUGUUCCAGUCCAUCAUGGAGCACAACGUCUCGUACCCCAAGUCCUUGUCCAAGGAGGCCGUGUCCAUCUGCAAAGGGCUGAUGACCAAGCACCCGGGGAAGCGGCUUGGCUGCGGGCCCGAGGGCGAGCGGGACGUGCGGGAGCACGCCUUCUUCCGGAGGAUCGACUGGGAGAAGCUGGAGAACCGUGAGAUCCAGCCGCCCUUCAAGCCCAAAGUGUGCGGCAAAGGAGCAGAGAACUUUGACAAGUUCUUCACGCGAGGGCAGCCUGUCUUGACGCCGCCCGACCAGUUGGUCAUCGCUAACAUUGACCAGUCUGAUUUUGAAGGCUUCUCAUACGUCAACCCUCAGUUCGUGCACCCCAUCUUGCAGAGUGCGGUGGAGGCCUGAAAACUGUAGGGUGGCUGUCCCAGCGCGCUGAGCUGCGUCAUCUCAGCGGAAGAUGAUGUCACGUCAGCAUCCACUUUACAUAGAGGUGACAUCUGGCUGGGGUGACCCUUCCUGGAAAGCGAAUAGACUCUGGCCCCAUUUUUUUUUCCUUUUUUUGGUACAAUUUGAUGUGUUUCCCAAACCCUCUGUCGAUUUUCACCAUCCGGAUUUCCCGAUCAGAGAUGUUCAAAUGAACCCACACAGCCUAGGGGGCCGGAAACACCUCUACCCUCCACGUCUUUGGAAUAAAAGAAUGGGGGGUCCCAGAGCUUGAGCGAGGCAGGACUCGGGGGUUGGGGGGCUUCAGAAAACCCGCCGCUUGUGUCCUCUGCCUCCAUGGACACUGUCCCCAGAACCCAAGAGGCUGGGAGAAGUCUAGUCCGGUUUGCAAGCUCACUGCUCCCAGGCGCUGACGGUUGUAACCCGCUCAUGGUUCCGGUACUGCGGCCACUGGUUUAGAAGAAGAGGAAGAGAACCUCAGAUGGGUGUUGGGGGGCAUCUGUCAUCUUGUACCCGACUUGGUUGAUAACUGUCUUGCUACUUGCAUUUCUUUUAAGAGGCCAAAUCUUCUAAGGAGUCCGCUAAAUGAGCACAAGAAUCAGAUCAAGGACAGACCAGUGUGUGUGUGUGUGUGUGUGUAUGUGUGUGUGACAUUCAUGAUCUCUGGGAGAUGACUCUGGAUCCAGGGUGCCAUCAGCCAUCAUGCCACUACUCACAGUGUUAUUAGCCAACCCCGUCCACACACUGCUAUUUCACUGCCUGCUGCCUGGGAAGUGGAAGUGUAGGCCCCACCCCUUUUGUACCUAUUUAUUGACCUAGUUGUGGUGUCCAUGAGAGUACGAUGUACAGUCAGCUCACCCAUGGUGGCUCCAGCUGCAUCCCCAGGACCCAGUCCCCCGUCCCCGUCUUCUGAGAUGAACAGCAGUACAGUUUUGGCCCCCUGGUCCCCCGGUGUGUCAUUUCGAAUGACACACCUGUAGAGUCAGGAAACCUGGAUGCAUUUCAGCUCAAAGAGGUUUUAUUGCUGGAAGGAUUUUAAUAUGUUUUGCAAAUGCAUCAUGCAAUGAACUUUGCAUGUUUAUAAUAAACCUUAAUAACAAGUGAAUCUAUAUUAUUGAUAUAAUCGUAUCAAGUAUAAAGAGUAUUAUAAUAAUUUUAUAAGACACAACUGUGCUAUAUUUGUGGAGGCUCUUGUUUCUCACCUGCUUUUAUGACUAAGUUUAGCUCCCUUCCCCUGCACAGCUUCCUUUUCCACAGCCCUGCCCUGUGUGUACCCUGCCUUGGCACUAGAGCAGCUUUUUAAAUUUUUUAUUGCAGUAGAUCUAAUUUUGAAAGUGAAUGGCUACUUUACGUGAUCAGUAAGGCAUAUAUAUGUAUAAAUAUUUAAUUCUACCUGCAAACAGAAGUUUUGUCUGGGAGAUAAUGUUGAGGUGUGACCCCCCCCUGCCCUUGGCCUCCGAGCACCAUCUGUGCCCUGGUCCUGCGUCCCUGUCUCUCCUGGGGCCGCAGGGACCCUCUGGCUCCAGGCGACCCAGGCCGCGGGUGCCGCUGUGGUGUCAUCGUGGCCCCAGGCCAGACUUGGUUUGUCCAUUCUGUUCCCUCCUGCAGCCUUGCUGCUGCUAGUGAUGCGAGAAGCCCUUCCCGACGUGCCUGCCUGGAUGCCCCAGGAGUGUGCGGGCCCUGGCACAACCCGCCGGCCGCUCCGCACCUGCAGACAGCGUGGCCAGGCCCAAGCGGUCCACGGCCAGGCCCCAGCGGUCCACAGACACUCUAGGGAGGCCGGGCACCCUCUCUGGGUCUUGGGAGGAGCACGCCUGUGAGACAGCAUCACAGUGAGGGCCUGGGGGGAGCCAGCUGCCAACAGCAGGAAGAGCGUUUCCACAGACGUGGUCGUCAGUCCUUAUGGGGAUGCUCUGUUCCCCGUUGUUCCCCAAAGUGUCUCCCAGUGAAGUGUCUUCUCAUUUUUAUGCUCUGCCUCUUUCCUGAUUCUCAGCUGACACACAACCCCUGAGGGGCUUUAAGAGACAAGAGGCCUCGCCUGUCCUGGGAACUUGUGCUUGGAGGAGGCAGCGGGUAGGAAAGAGCUUAGACCAGGUUAGACCAGCAGAGAGGAGCUUCUUCCGCCACCAUUGCUGGACCGUGACCCCCCCGGGGGUCAGUGCGGGUCUGGCCCGUCCUCCCCCACACCUCGAUUGGUCUGAUGGAAAGGGACCCAGGUAUAGAGAGAACCUAAGAAACAGCCGGUCACCUGCCGUGGAGUGGAGUGGCCCCAGGACGGGUCCCCAGGCAGGCGCUCGGCGAGGGGAGGGCAGUCCAGGAUGGCAUUCUGGGGCGCGGACCGCGUGCUCCCAGCAGGCGCUGAGCUGGGGAAGCCGCUUUGUCCCUCCGGCGGCCGACAGGCUUCCAAGUUGCUCCUCUUUCUCGGGAACCUUGCUCCGCGUGCCAGCUGGCUUCCAUCCUUUCUGAACGUGAGGAAUCCCCCGUGUGAGGGCCAGCCCUGCGGGAGCGGCUACAGGCAUGAGGACAGAUGGGGGGAAACCGGGAAAGAUCGGGGUCAGCGGAGGGUCACCGUGGUGGGGCGUGUCAGUACGUUGCUGUGCCUUGGAUUUAGACCAAAGCUGAUGCUUUUUAAGAAUCUGAGCAUCCCACGAUAGUUCUGUUGAAAGCACACGCCAUAUAGGUGACAGUUAGCAGAGUGGAUUGAACCAAAGUUCUGUGGAUUCACCCCCGCCCCGUCAUGGGGGUCCCGUAAAAUAAAGCCCAAGGAGGAGGCCUUGAGGGGUCAGGCCCCCGAGAGACCCAGGAAGGACCGGGCCGUAUCGCCGGGGCCUGUGGGCCCAGCAGCAGCAGGACCCCGGGGAAUCCAGACCCCCCCCCAGAGGCCGUUCAGAACGUCGCCCGCUCGGGUGGGACGGCCCUGCUAGGCUGCGGGCCGUGGGAGGGGCGGCCCCUCCUCUGGCGUCUUGCUUAAACCCACAGUGGCCUGGUUUGAGGAAGCAUCUGGAGUGCGCCGCCCGUAGCGGUUAGGGGUUGCUGCGAGGCCGGCGGGGGCCUGGCGGUCCUGGCGGUCGCGGGGAGACCCGGGUCCCGUGAAGCUUCUUGUCGUUGCGUUUGCUCUUCCGCCGCUGUGAGUGAGCUCACCGUCCCGGCAGGGUCACUGCCCGCUGUGUCCUCGGAGGUGUGUUUGGCUUUCUUAUCAGGACUUUGGGAGAAAAUCAGAGGGUGAAGAGGUCUUUGGAAACCCGGGCUGGAAAGGUCGGAUGGAAGACCGCGAGGACCCAGGUUGAUGCGAUUCAGCGCACUGCGGAUGCGGAUGAGCACGGUCUGCGCAGCGGCGCUCGGCGCAGUGCGGGGACAGAGGGGACAGGCCCCUGCUGCGCUCUGAGCCGGGAGAGGUCGUGGGAGAGGUUCGAGGGGUCCAGGCAAGGGCGGGCUUGGGCGCAGAAGGACUGACAGACGCCCGCAGCAGGAGGAAGCCGGGAGGGAGGGAAAGGGCCCCUGGGAGGGCGUAGCUGUUUCCGGAGGCUUGAGAGCAAGUUUGCUGCUCCUGCCCCAGAACGUUCCCAAAGGCCCCGGCCCCGGCCCCUGAGCCCCUCGCCCCGUGAAGGGGCUUCCAGCUCUGGGUGGGACCCGAGUGUCCGGCAGGUGGGCCGCUUUCCCAGUGGCUUCCUGCAGCCCGGGGCGGGAGUGGGCAGACAGGGCAAAAUCGCCGGACUCCGCAGGCACGCUCCACGCCGAGGGCACUGAGCAGAAGUCUGAGUGUGUGGCUGGGGGUGUUUCCUCAGAGCUGCAGGAAGGCAGCGAGAGAGUUGUCCGGUUUUAAAGCCCCAGAAAGGAAGCGCCCUGUGGCAGGCACCUUCUCACUGCCUGCCGUCUGGUGCAGUCACCUCUCUGUCGUGCGCCUGGCGCACCGUCUCCUGCUUCUCGGAGCCCAGCACGCACAGCCGUGUCUCUUCCCCCACCAGGCGCCCGAAACAUCCUCAUGGCCCUGGCACCGGGCAGGGAGCCAGAGAUGACUCUCGGUCCGGGGAACAGGGGAGAAAGACUACCUGGCUGGUGAUCACCACACUGGAAUCUAACAGGGAGUGUUGGGAGAUGUCUUUUAAAAUCUUUUCCUUGAGUUACUUGGGUUAUAUUUCAUGAAAUAUAGUGACUGUCAGCAUUUCUAUCGUUUCCCGUUUGGGCGGAGGCAGCCAUCUAGCAAUGCCGUGUCUGCUGCUAGAAAAGUCCCCUGAGUGACACGUGGGGGAAGGCAGCAUGUAGAAACGCCGCGGCCACAAUUCUGUUAAUCCUGUAAUGUCAGGGGUCCCCAGGAGGGUUAAAAGUUGAGAUUAGGACCCCAGUGCCUCUGAUCUGUGUGAUCAGCUGAUAGUUAAUAAUUGUGUGUGUCCAACUCAGUCAUCAAACAGCCUUAUGAUAAUCCGCACGCACUAUGGCCCACAGGCUCCAAAGACUUUUUGAAACCUUAUGGAAAAAAUUAAUUUGUUAAUUCCAACAGAACACCUGAAUAUACUGGGCUAUUUGUACUUUUUUAUAGAGAACUUUAAUAACUCAAUUCUUCCUUUAAAUUGAGUUUUUAAAAUAAAACUCAUUUUAUUUUAAAAUGAGUUCAUAAGAUUUCAUAAGAUUGCAAUGAUUCCAAUGAUUUCAUAAGAUUCCAAUCACUAGGAGCCUGUAGGAGGACUCAGCUGGGGUGGGUCACCUGGAGCACCCCAGACCUGCACUCCCACUGCAGGAUUGCCCCCCGCUAGUGGGGUGUGGUGGCCCCCUCACAGUGACUGGAAGUCCAGAUGGGAUGUGUUGGAAGAAUGACGUCCUUGAUGUUUUUAAUAGACAGUUGGGACCACUGUCUAAAGUCUGAAAACUCUGGACCACGAGAAAGAAGCUUUCCUGUUCCCUGUACAGGUGUAGCUCCAGGGUUGGGGAGGGGGGGUCCCUGGGGCCCCUUUUCUUGCUCCUCAAGGCUCUGCAGCCACCUUUUGGCCUGGGAGUGAGGUGUUUCCUCCGCUCUGUCUCCCUUUCCUAGGGUCCCCAGGUCUCACUUAUUUGGGGAAAGUUCAGUGAUGUGCUGUAAGAACUUGGCCCACGGGGCAGCUCAGAACUGCUCCAACGCCCAGAGAAAAGCGACAAACGUGCCCAUCGGUGUCGCCUCUCGUGUGAGCAGACAGGACCCGUUUGCUCAGAAAAACCCCUGUUUGUCGGAAACCAGUAUCAAGUCCACUUUCUAAGAACCUUUUUUUUCUAAAAUAAGACAAAAGGUGGCGUCGCAUUUUCUGAUUCAACAACUGUGUCUUUGUCUCCUCGGCUUAACUCUAGGAGUUUUCAUUCCAGUGACUUGGUAGACUUUUGUUGAUACUCUCCCUGGAAAAAUGUGAUUCUUUUCUUGAGGGGACGAAUCAAAAUCAUCCAUGAAGGCUGUGAUUCUUCUGAGUCUAAAAAUUCACCUCGUAUCUCCUCUAUUAGAGUCUUUCAGAAUAUCUUUUAUAGAUGAUCAGAAACAUUUGAAAUCAUUGCUUUUGCGCUAUUGUAGGGGGGAGGGUUGAAGGACACGCCAGGUUUAAAUCGUUAAUUGAAAAACAUCCCGUGUCAAUCAGACCCCAAAUCCGUGUGGAGGAGGCAGGGUUGGCGGGUGCGGUUUCCCUUCUGUGUGAGCAGCUACUGAUGACGUGCAAAGGCCGUUCAGCUGUCCGGUCACGUUCGGUUUAUCAUGGGCGAGACGGGUGUGCAAACUGCUGCGUUGUUCUAACACUGUCCCCUCUGAUCUCUGUUUGCAUGAUAUGCUCUGUUAGAUACAUUAACUGUAGUUUGGAAGCCGUGUGUACGAAUAAAGACAAUGACCAUC